AUGAUGGAGAGGAUAAGAAAAGAGAUGAUAUUGAUGGAGAGAGGUCUCCACAGUCCUGUCGCCGGGAAGAGGCUCGCAGACACGCCUGGAAAUUCAGUGCUGGAGGCCCUGGAAAACUCCCAGCACGGCGGACGACUAAGCCCGAGAAUAACUUCCGCUUCCCUCCAUGGAAAUCUUGGGGACAUCCCGACGAAAAGCAAAUUUGAAAUUGACAGUCUUUUCGGUACACACCACGGCAGUGAAAAUUCUUCCUCGGCGGAAAUUUCCUCGUCAGAAAGCAGGAAGAAAAUGAGUCUUUAUUCCGAAGUUUCGCAAGAAUCAGAUAUUAACAGUGAUGUGGAAGUGGGAUGCCCUGCGCAUCGCUCCCCGAGCCAGCACAAGGAAAACAAUAAAGGUUUUUCAGACAGUAGCUCUGGAUCUUCCAACACAAGCUCAAACUCCCUCCAGAACAUGAACGGUAAUUCAACGGGGGGAUCAAACAAUUCAAAUACCGAUCAAGUCAGAAGGUAUCGGACUGCUUUCACCAGAGAACAAAUCGCAAGACUGGAAAAAGAGUUUUACAGGGAAAAUUAUGUUUCGAGACCGAGAAGAUGUGAGUUAGCGGCGACGCUAAAUUUGCCCGAAACUACAAUUAAGGUGUGGUUCCAGAACAGGCGGAUGAAGGAUAAAAGGCAGCGUUUGGCGAUGUCCUGGCCCCAUCCAGCAGACCCUAGCUUCUACACUUACAUGAUGACGCACGCGGCAGCUACAGGAAGUCUACCUUACCCUUUCCACUCGCACAUGCCUCUACAUUACUACCCGCACGUCGGUGUCACGGCAGCAGCAGCGGCCGCCGCCGCCACCGGUGCCGCCUCGUCACCUUUCGCCACUUCCAUCCGCCCCCUCGAUACCUUCCGAGCGCUCUCCCACCCAUACUCACGGCCAGAGCUCCUGUGCAGCUUCAGGCACCCGGGACUCUACCAGUCGCCUGCAGGCCUGAAUAGCUCGGCCGCUGCAUCCGCGGCGGCGGCGGCCGCUGCAGCGGCGGCUGCGGUCAGCGCUCCGUCAGCCACCGGGCCCUGUUCGUGCCUGAGCUGCCACAGCAGCCAGGCGGCAAGCGCAUUGGGCUCCAGGAGCGCCAGCGCUGACUUUACCUGCACAGCUUCCGGGCAAAGAUCCGAGAGUGGAUUUUUGCCGUAUUCUGCUGCGGUUCUAAGCAAGACUUCAGUCCCGUCACCAGACCAGCGAGAAGAAACUUCACUUAACAGAUAA